GCUAGCUAGCAGCUGUAACUUCCACCACCAGUACUCAGUACUCACAUCGAACACACACGAACCAUCAAUAACCCCUCUGCAGGCUGAGGGAAACGUGAACACACCAUGGCGAGGCCGCCGUGCUGCGACAAGGAGGGCGUCAAGAAGGGCCCGUGGACGCCGGAGGAGGACCUCGUCCUCGUCUCCUACAUCCAGGACCACGGCCCCGGCAACUGGCGCGCCGUCCCCACCAGAACCGGGCUGAUGCGGUGCAGCAAGAGCUGCCGGCUUCGGUGGACCAACUACCUCCGGCCGGGCAUCAGGCGCGGCAACUUCACGGAGCAGGAGGAGAAGCUCAUCGUCCACCUCCAGGCCCUCCUCGGCAACAGGUGGGCGGCCAUCGCGUCGUACCUGCCGGAGCGGACGGACAACGACGUCAAGAACUACUGGAACACGCACCUCAAGCGCAAGCUGCAGGCCGGCAGCGGCGACGGCGACGGCGACGGGGCGGCCAAGCCGCCGGCGCACAGGCCGCCGCCGUCCAACUCCAAGGGGCAGUGGGAGAGGAGGCUGCAGACGGACAUCAACCUGGCGCGCCGCGCGCUCCGCGAGGCGCUCACCCCGCUCGGCGACCUCAAGCCGCAGCCGCAGCGCGACGGCGGCGGUGACAGCCCGGCCUCGACCUCGUCGUCGCAGUGCUCCCCGCCGCCAGCGCCUGCCGCCGCGGGGCCGUACGUUCUCACCGCGGACACCGUCUCGCGGAUGCUGGACGGAUGGGCCGGCUUGAACGGGAAGCGCCGCGGCGGGGCUCCGGGCACGCCCGGCGGCGCCGAGACCGCGUCCACCGGGUCCUCCUCGGAGGUGUCGUACGGCGGUGGCACCGCCGUCGUCGCGCCGGCCGCUGGUGGCCCGGUGUUCGAGUACGAGACGAAGCCGCCGGCCGCGCCGUUCCAGCUGAUGAUGCCGCUGUCUGCGAUCGAGUCGUGGCUGUUCGACGACGACACCCACUUCCACCGUCCUGUCCAGAGCGCCAGCUUGCUGGACGCCGCCCCCAUGGAUUAUUACCUGUUGUAGCUAGCGUGUCCAGCAGCUGAUCCAGACCAAGCUAAUCCGUUCAAGCAAGGAAGUCGGUGGCUGAUUAGUCGGCUAGCUAGCUACCUGUUUCUAAAGUUGUUAGUUUUCAUUAUAUUUAGCCUUUUCUUUUCUAGGUGGGUAAAAGUUGAGUGCGUACUUCCCCUUGUGCAAGCUGCAUGUUGCAUGGGAAAAUAACAUAUAUAGCUCUUGCUUGAGACCACUAAGA